AGCCACCCUGUUGUCAAAUCAGAAUGAUUAUGAAGUUUUUGUUUGUUUCAGAAAUGUAUACAUUUAGAAGCAGUUUGUCGGACAAAUCAAUGGCAUCAUUACCUGGUGGGAUGUGAUGUAUGCUCUGUUAAGUCAUCCACAUGUCAAAAACAGACAUUGAUGAGAUGUGAUAAAGUAAAAGUAAUUAUCCCAGCUGUGAAAUUGCACUUUUGCCUCAUGAACAUUUUCUUUGUAUUUAUCAGGUGGAAACAAUGGCGUCUGUCAUUGAGCUGCUUUUGGAAACACUGAAAGAUUUAAAUGACCGGGAGCUUGAAGAGUUCAAGGAUGUCCUCCAGAAUCCCUUUAACAGACGUUUCUCAGAUAUCUCAUUGAGACUGCCACUGAUAGCAGACAGGCAGGACGUGGUGUUUUCACUGGUGCUGACUGACGGCCAACAGUCUGUGGAGACGACCAGGAACAUUUUAAUAGAGAUGAACAGGACUGAUUUGGUGCAGAGGUUGUCAGACAGCAGCUCAGGACCCAAAAAGGAACACUCUGUGGAUGAACACCUGUCUGCACUGAUCCACAAAGUGGCAACAAUGGCGGCUGUGAAAGAGCUGCUUUCAGAAACACUCAAUGAUUUGAGUUACGAGGAGCUAGAAACAUUCCAGUGGUUGCUGGAGUUCAUGUUCUUCCAGAGGAGGAUUUCUCUCACGUCAGAGAUACAACUGAAGUUUCUAAGAAGGGCAGACCGACCGGUAGAUUUAAUGGUGGAGGUGUGCGGUCAGCAGUCUGUGGAGGUGGUGAAGGAGGUUUUCAUGAACAUGAACAGGACUGAUCUGGUCCAAAGGCUGAGCAGCUCAGGACACGAAGCUGCAGGAUCAUCAGCUGAAGCAUUUAGUGUGAAAACUGCAGAGAGAGAGAAACACAGUGUGGAUGAACAUUGGCCUGCACUGAUCCAGAAAGUGGACACGAUGGCGUCUGUUAUAGAGCUGCUUUUGGAAACACUGGCUGCUUUGACAGACGAUGAGCUCGAGAAUUUCAAGUUGAUCCUUUUGCGUGAAACCGACUUCGACGAACGACUCUCAUCCAGUUCAUUGAUGCUGCCAGAGAUAAAACACAGGCACGACAUAGUGUUUUUACUGGUGCAGACUGACGGACAACAGUCUGUGGAGACAACCGAGGAGGUUUUAAAGAAGAUGAAGAGGACUGAUCUGGUGCAGAGGUUGUCAGACAGGAGCUCAGCACCCAAAGAGAAACACUCAGAUGGACACCGACCUGCACUGAUCCAGGGAGUAGCAACAAUGUCAGCUGUUAAACAGCUGCUUUUGGAAACUCUGAAUGAUUUGAGUGACAAAGAGCUCAAGAAAUUCAAGUGGAUCCUGGAGGAGACUGUCAUGUUGAAGAAUCUUUUAUCCCGCAUGUCACCGAUAAGACUCACCGGAGAAAGGGCAGAAUUAGUCGAUCAGAUGUUGGAUACCUUUGGCCAACAGUCUUUUGACUUAACCGUGGACGUUGUAAAGAAAAUGAACAGGAUUGAUCUGAUGCACAGGCUGUCAGAGCCCAGCUCAGGACUCAAAGACCAGGGAGUAUUGCUCUUCGAAGUAUCAUAUGGAGAAGAUUGAAAGCAUACAGUACAUGCCUGCAGGGCCCCUUAUGGACGUCAAGGUCAUUGCUGGGAAGUUAGAUGUUGUGUUCCUGCCUCACUGGAUCUGCAUCGACGACAACCUUACAAUAUUAGACAAGUUUGCAGUCCUGCACAUAGAUGACUGUGGAGUUACUGUGGAAAAAGUGUCUGAGGUCCCAUCGUUCCAUGUCAAGCUGUGUGAGCCAACUUUCUCUCUGAAAAUGGUCCUGGUGAAACGUGGCUGGUCAGUGGAAAUAGACUGCAGGGUGUUCGUACACAAGACCAACAGACCAUUCCUCAAACUCCAUGUUUACCUGAUCCCACCUGACCCUGCUCUGAAAGAGGAAUUGGACAAGAAGAAAAACUCCUUUGGAUAUGAAGAAAUCCCAUUGCAACAUCCAAAGAAGCCUCUGAAGAUGAAUGAUUGGCUCAUCCUUACAGCACAUUUGGAUGGCAAAGAAAUGGCUUCUGAUCUCAUAUAUCAAAGCAUGGAGCCCAACUUCUACAAAUUGUUUAUUGAGAAUCCAGACAAAGACCUUGUGCUCCAGCUGAAAAUUGACUGAGAAAAGACUGAGAAAGAUUGAGAAAAUCUAAAGAAGAAUAUCAAAGCACAGGCCCUGUAAAAGCCUCAGGGGAGCACUUUGUGGAUAAACAUCGAUUGAAACUGAUCGAGAGAGUGAGCAACCUUGCAGCCAUUUUGGAUGAUCUCCUCGACAAAAAAGUCAUCCAAC